GGCGGCCCGCUUCAUCACCCGCUGCUGUCUGCCUGCCUGUGUAACUCAGCCAGGCCCAACGCGGGGAUCAUGGCUGCCUUCCUGACUCACCAGCAGAAAGUCCUCCGGCUCUAUAAGAAGUCUCUGAGGCACCUGGAGUCCUGGUGCAUUUUCAGGGAUAAGUAUCGUUUCUACGCCUGCCUGCUGAGGGCGCGGUUUGACGAGCAUAAGAAUGAGAAGGACAUGGUGAAAGCCACCAAGCUGCUCAAAGCUGCAGAGGAGGAGUUCUGGGCUAACCAGCAUCCCCAGCCCUACCUGUUCCCCGAUUCACCUGGUGGAACCUCCUAUGAGAGAUAUGAGUGCUACAAGGUUCCUGAGUGGUGCCUGGAUCACUGGCACCCCUCUGAGAAGGCCAUGUUCCCUGAUUACUUCUCCAAGAGGGAGCAGUGGAAGAAGCUGAGAGCCCAGAGCUGGGACAGGGAGGUCCAGCAGCUGCAGGAGGAGACUCCAGCCGAUGGGCCCAAAACAGAGGCUCUUCCCCCAGCCAGGAAGGAGGGCGACCUUCCCCCACUGUGGUGGCAGUAUGUCACCCGCCCCAGAGAGCGCCCCAUGUGAGCGACCUUGCGGCACACCAGCGCAUUAGAUGCAUGCAUUGCAAACCACACAGACACACACUGCGUUCUUGUCCACCGUCUACUCCUCAGUCCGCUCACCUGGGCUCGUUAAAACCUCUAUACUCGUGUCUUCUGAGUGCGAGAGUGGGUGAAAUGCACAAAAUCAGUUAUGAAGAAAUCAGCUUAGUAUGUUAAUCUUACUGAGAGUGAUGCAGAUUGAAGUAGUCCGUGUGUAAUUGAGGUACGCUGGAGUGUCGGUGUGUGGCUGAACUAUAACUGUACAGAGAUAAAUGACUAAUAAAUGUUUGAUGUAAAUCAC